CAAUAUUUUGUCUGCGGUACUGCUCUUAGAUUUGGCGCGACCGGAUCCUGUGCGAAAGCGUGCUGCGCUUUGUUGCUAACAGCGGCUUUCUCUUUGGAGUUUAGUCUGCCGAAAUGUCAUCAGAAAAAGAUGUUAGUGAAGGUGGAUUUGAUGAUGCUGUUGAAGAAAGAGUCAUUAAUGAAGAGUACAAAAUAUGGAAGAAAAACACUCCUUUUCUCUAUGACCUGGUUAUGACACAUGCUCUAGAAUGGCCAAGCUUAACUGCACAGUGGCUGCCAGAUGUUACAAGACCAGAAGGAAAGGACUAUUCUCUUCACAGGCUUAUACUAGGAACACAUACGUCAGAUGAGCAAAAUCACCUUCUGAUUGCCAGUGUCCAGCUUCCUAAUGACAAUGCACAGUUUGAUGCAUCUCACUAUGACAGUGACAAAGGAGAAUUUGGAGGUUUUGGAUCAGUCAGUGGGAAGAUUGAAAUAGAAAUCAAAAUCAACCAUGAAGGAGAGGUGAAUCGAGCCCGCUAUAUGCCACAAAACCCAUGUAUCAUUGCCACCAAGACACCCUCAAGCGAUGUCCUUGUUUUUGACUACACAAAGCAUCCUUCAAAACCAGAUCCUAGUGGAGAGUGCACACCAGAAUUGCGAUUGAAAGGUCACCAAAAGGAAGGGUAUGGACUAUCAUGGAAUCCAAACUUGAAUGGUCAUUUACUGAGUGCAUCCGAUGAUCACACCAUUUGCUUGUGGGAUAUAAACAGCACGCAAAGAGAACAGCGAGAAAUCCAGGCACAUACCAUCUUCACUGGGCAUACAUCAGUUGUGGAGGAUGUAGCUUGGCACCUGCUUCAUGAAAGUCUUUUUGGCUCUGUGGCAGAUGAUCAGAAGCUUAUGAUCUGGGACACACGAUCAAACACAACCAAUAAGCCUAGUCACACUGUGGAUGCUCACACAGCAGAAGUUAAUUGUCUGUCUUUCAACCCAUACAGUGAGUUCAUCCUAGCCACUGGCUCUGCUGAUAAGACAGUAGCACUCUGGGAUUUGCGCAAUCUGAAAUUGAAACUUCAUUCCUUUGAAUCGCAUAAAGAUGAAAUUUUUCAGGUUCAGUGGUCACCUCAUAAUGAGACAAUACUGGCUUCCAGUGGCACAGACCGCCGUCUUCAUGUAUGGGAUUUAAGCAAAAUUGGUGAAGAACAGUCAGCAGAGGAUGCUGAGGAUGGACCCCCUGAGCUCCUUUUUAUCCAUGGAGGCCACACUGCCAAGAUUUCCGAUUUUUCCUGGAAUCCUAAUGAACCAUGGGUUAUCUGCUCUGUGUCAGAGGAUAACAUCAUGCAAGUGUGGCAGAUGGCAGAAAACAUCUACAAUGAUGAGGAUCCUGAGGCGCCUGUUGGAGAUUUGGAGCAAAGUGCUGCCUAAAAGACGGAGCUGCCUGUCAUGUUUUCUUGCAUUUGUCAUUAGCAUCUGUGUGUAUGCUGUGGUCAUCUGACAGAAUGGACAUUACAGUUAUGUGUGGGACUGAUCUUCAGAUGUGCUCUUAUUUGCCUGUACAGAGGCACUGAAUGUGGACAGAAUGUAAUCUUCAAUAAAUUAAUGGACAAAAUUUGUGCUUUGUUUCAGUCCAGUAAUUUGUGCAUCACAAAUGGAAAUACUAUGAGUAGUUUUUUGAUGUAGUUAUUAUUUUAAGCAUCAAAAAUCUUUCCCAAAAACCUUAUUCAUAAGACAUGCUGCCUUGGACAGGAUGACUGUGCAGCAAACAGCUCCAGUUGUAGGGCUACAGAAUUAUUUGUUACAUAGCCUGGAGCAAAGUAGGCCACACAAGACUUAAAAAAAAGCAUUGAUGAGUGGUCAUUAAAUGACUUGAAUAUUUCACUCAGAUGUAAUGUAUUGUUCACAUUAUUCGGAUCAUCAGAACUGUUCUGACAAUUUUGUGGAUGUGCUUAAUUUUUGUAAGGAUUUAAAGUACUUGACAUGCAUUUUAUAGCUUUGACAAAACUAAAGAGAUGGAGAGUGAAGCAGGAAAAUAUCAGUGCUAAGAAACUGCUAACAUUUGCAAACAUCAGUGUUAACCAAAUACACUUUUAAACAGUGUUCUCAUUCUUGUCUGUUAGGAGUUAUCCUUGUUUGCUUGGUGUGCCAGACAUCCUAUUCCAAGAUUUGGGGAGAGGGUUAUGGGACUUUCAAGGAGGCGUGUUUUGGACUACUUCAUAUUGAGAACAAAAGUAAUCAUUGGUUGUCUGUGUUGUGCCAGAUUGAUUCUUUUGUAAGAUCUUGCUUGGCAGCAUCUAUUAAAAUUUUAUCCGUUCCUUAAGUAUCUAAAAUGUUGAACUUUGGGUUUAGUCAACUAAUGGAAAUCCCUAAACAGGAGAACAGGGAUGUUGUAAGUAUGUAAUAUGUUUAGAUCUUGCUAUUUAGUUUAGCAUGCUGCAAUUCAUGUACAGUUGAAUUAAAUUUUUUUUUAAACCCUUU